GGAGGUGGUGGAGGAAGGUCAGUCUCUCUAGACCGCAUGACCAUCGCGGAACGCUCGGCCAUCGCUAAGAAACCUGAUGUCACCGGGGAGAGAACGGAGAGCGAGCACACGCCGCCCGCUGAGAGAGAGAGACCAGCAUCAGCCAAGACGGACAGGUCAUUAUCCAGGGAGAAGUCAGCCACCAGGGAUCAGAAAGGAGAGAAGACGUCGUCCUCCGUAGACAGACCUGCCUCUACAGGAGAGCGAGCGCCAGGGUCCCAGAGAGAGACUGUAGCUGAAGACAGAGCGGCGUUGGAGGCGGCGGCGAAGGAGGGUUCUGGUUCUGGAAAGACCAGAAAGAUCAGCAGAAAGAGUUCUGAGCCCACGACCCACCACUCAUCAGACCACUCUGUCACUUCGACUGGCAGCAGCAGCAGGUCUGAGCCGAGCCAGAGCCAGGGUGCUGUGUCAAAACCCCGGGACCUCCAGACCCAGAGGAGACCCAGUCCGGUCCAGUUCCCCAGCCCAGGCAGGGAGAGGAGGGACCGUGGGACCGGAGGAGUCCUCAUCCAGCCUCCACCCCGGUCCAAGUGGGAGAGAGAGGAGGAGGAGGAGGAAGAGGAGCAGCACUCAGCGUCCAGGGAGAAUGGGGCGUUGGCGGUUUCCUCCUCCGUGCCCAGAGACGCUCUGAGGAGAGAAGUCUCACCAGCACCGCCUAGUGGCCAAGGCAGGGAGGUGCAGGGUAGUGUCUCUAAAACAGCCAACACAGAGGGGAGGAGAGGGAGGGAGGAGGGGACUAGAAGGAGGGAGGAAGGCAGAGGGCUUAAAAAGGGGCAGGUGAACUUUAGAAAACCAGCUAAGACCGAAUCCAGAGGAGUGAAGGAGGAAGGAAGAGGAGGGGUAGGGAGGGAGGAGAGUCGAGGGGCGGGGCCAGAGCCAAGACGACAGCGUCUGUGUUCUGACCUGGGUAGAGAGACGGACGAGGCAGCCUUCGUCCCCGACUACAGCGAAGGCGAGGGGUCAGACGGGGAGCGGGGCAGUGGCCUGAGCCAUAGCCCCUCUCACAACACCCAGAGCCCCGCCUCCCAGAGCCCCGGCGGCUCCCCUAGCAACCACAGCGGCUCCACGGCGACGGACAAGAAGAAGAAGAAGAAACACAAGAAACAUAAAAAACACAAGAAGCACAAGAAGCAUUGUGCCGACGUCGAGCCUCCUGUCGAAGGAAGGAAGGAACACAAACAUAAGAACAAGAAGAAGAAGCACAGGAAGACUAAAGAGGAAGAGGGAGGAGGAGGAGGAGGGGAGGCAGAGGAGAAGACUGGGCAGGAGUCAGCCACCAUCUGAGACCCUGCUAGCUCCGUUAGCAUCUAGCUAAAGACUACAACUGAGACUGCUAGCUCCGUUAGCAUCUAGCUCUGGUUACAACUGAGACUGCUAGCUCAUGCUAGCUCCGUUAGCAUCUAGCUCAUGGUUACAACCUGAGUUUUUUUUCCUAGUUCAUGAUAGCUCUUUUAGCAUCUAGCUAAAGACUACAACUGAGAAUGCUAGCUCCGUUAGCAUCUAGCUAAUGGUUACAACCCGAGUUUGCUAGUUUAUGCUAGCUCCGUUAGCAUUUAGCUAAAAGGUAAAACUAAAACCUUCUUGUGGGAUACUUUGUCAAAUUCUUUUAAAUACUUAAGCUGAGCUGGAUAUAGUUUGUUUGUCUAUAAUGGAACCACUGGAAUAAGUGGAGCUCACCUCAGAUAUUUGUAAGUAUUUUGUGUUUUCUGUUAAUGUGAUGCUGUCUCUCUGAUGCAGGUUCUCUGUGAAUGUGUUUUUGUACAAAGAUGAUGCUGCAUUAGAUUCAAUUACCCUGAUCUAUGGCUAUAAGGUGUCUGAAACUCUGAAGUGUUCCAAAUUUAACCCUGUUCACUAUAUAGUACACUACGUUUGACCAGAGUCGUAUGGGCCCUAGUCAUUAGAGCCCUAGUCUUGCAGGACUCUGGUCGAAUGUAGUUCACUAUAAAGGGAUUAGAGGUUGAUUUGGGACACCUCCCUGAUGUAUAGUAGGUUAUAUCAUCAUGUUCAUAUGAACUGAUCUGAAGCCGGGCUAACUGAUCUGAAGCCGGGCUAACUGAUCUGAAGCCGGGCUAACUGAUCUGAAGCCGGGCUAACUGAUCUGAAGCCGGGCUAACUGAUCUGAAGCCGGGCUAACUGAUCUGAAGCCGGGCUAACUGAUCUGAAGCCGGGCUAACUGAUCUGAAGCCGGGCUAACUGAUCUGAAGCCGGGCUAACUGAUCUGAAGCCGGGCUAACUGAUCUGCAGCCGGGCUAACUGAUCUGAAGAUCGGGCUAACUGAUCUGAAGCCGGGCUAACUGAUCUGAAGCCGGGCUAACUGAUCUGAAGCCGGGCUAACUGAUCUGAAGCCGGGCUAACUGAUCUGAAGCCGGGCUAACUGAUCUGAAGCUAACUGGGCUAGCUGAUCUGAAGCCGGGCUAGCUGAUCUGAAGCCGGGCUAGCUGAUCUGAAGCCGGGCUAGCUGAUCUGAAGCCGGGCUAGCUGAUCUGAAGCCGGGCUAGCUGAUCUGAAGCCGGGCUAGCUGAUCUGAAGCCGGGCUAGCUGAUCUGAUCUGCAGCCGGGCUAGCUGAUCUGCAGCCGGGCUAGCUGAUCUGCAGCCGGGCUAGCUGAUCUGCAGCCGGGCUAGCUGAUCUGCAGCCGGGCUAGCUGAUCUGCAGCCGGGCUAACUGAAUGGUGACUAGUGGAAGUUACUGUUAUUAAACUUUGUUUUCCCUUUAAA